AUGGCUACUAAUUCUCCAUCCCCUAUUCUUAAAUGUGAUGAGUCUAAAUGGACUUCUCAGCUCAUUUCAUCUUAUAAUGUGAGACUUGUUCUCACUGUGGACUCCAAGGGUUGCAGAAAUUUUACAAGCGUUCAAGAAGCCGUUAAUGCUGUUCCAGAUUCAAGCACUCAGAUCACUCUUAUCAUAUUGGAAUCUGGGAUAUACAGAGAAAAGGUAAAGGUUAAUGACACCAAGACUAAUUUGAUAAUAGAAGGUAAAGGCUAUCUCAACACAUUCAUUGAGUGGGAUGACAAUGGUAAUAGGACAAGAACUUUCAUGAGUUACUCUUUUGGUGUCUUUGCAGCAAAGUUCACAGCAUACAAUAUAGGCUACAAUGUUGAUGCUGAUAAAGAAGAUGGUGGUACUAGUACAUCCAGAAAAGGUGCUAAAGUUAACAACGUGCUUAAUAAGGGCACUAAGAAAGAAGCUCUUGAUGCUGCACAGUUUAAAAACUUGCGAAGCAAGUUAGGAGUCUGCAUCUUUGAGGAACCAUAA